CCACCCCUAAUCCGUGGAUACGGCCCAGGGCCUCGUGCAGCCAGCGGCUGGCGGCACCUGGAGCCCCGCGGCGCUCCUGCUGUUUCCGCUGUUUGUUCCAGCCAGGCACGUGUGGCGCCAAUCUUGGAACCGCCAACCAUGGCUGCCAUUUCGGGAAGCCGCGUCUACGCCGCACCCUAAUAUCUACCUCUAUAUAUUCCGGAGUGGGGUCCCGUUCAACCCACCUGUUCUCUUUUCCCCUUCACCCCGUCCGCGACUGUUCUUUCUUUCUUUCCCCGUAGGCUUGCCUGCUGCACAUUCCUUUCUUCCCCCGUCCUUCUCUUUCUUCUUCACUCCCUCCCAGCAGUGCUGGUCAUUCACUCCUUCACCUGUGACCCUUCUUCGGUACACACAGCCAAUCCAUCCUUGUCGCGACACUCUCAAACCUUCCCACACAACCAACUACCUCUUCCUCUACGAACAAGAGCAUUCUCCCAACCCUCCAACAUGUACACCACUUCACUUCUUCUUGCUGCUAGCAGCAUCGCCUCGCUUGCCUUCGCUGCCCCCGUCGUCCGCAGGCAGGCCACUUCCUACCAACUCUUUGGCGGCGACGGCUCCCUGACUCAGGGAUGGCCUAGCACUGACGAUUGGCUCUGCUUCGACGAGCUCUGGACAAUCAACGAGCCAGUCAUGAAGACGUCGUGCUCGCAGUUUGGUGCUGAGAACCCCGUCCAGAGCGAGCUGGACGACAUGAAGGCUGCCAUCAUCCAGGCCGCUAAAGACAGUGGCCUCGAUGCCCGCUAUCUCCUCGUCGUCAUGAUGCAGGAGUCCAAGGGCUGCCCCCGUGCUCCCACCACAAACUAUGGCCAGAACAAUCCCGGCCUUUUCCAGUCCUUCAACGGAAGGGGCUCCUGCAACCCGGACAACGUCAACAAGCAGUUCCCUUGCCCCAAGGCCACCAUUGACCUCAUGGUCAGGGAAGGUGCUGGCAUCGACAUGCCCUUUGGCCUGAUGCAGGCCGUCGCCCAAGUGUCCGGCGCCCAGGACGCCUCCAGGUACUACCGCGCCUCCCGCACCUACAACUCUGGCUCCAUCGCCGCCUCGGGAAACCUGGGCGAGGGCAUUGCCACCCACUGCUAUGCUUCCGACAUUGCCAACCGCCUCGUGGGCUGGAAUAGCGAUGCCCAGCAUCCUUCGGCCUGCAAGGAGGAGAGCAUCGGCUCCGUUCAGGGUUCCGCAACUGCCUACGCCGGUGUCGCAUCUGGACGUCAGUGCCCGGCGCCUGGCAGUGGCUCCCCCAUCCAGAUCACCCCCGUCCAAAAGUCUCCGGCCCAGGACGACAACAACAAGCCCAACACGCCGCCUGCUCCGACCAACCAGCCCACUGCCGCUGCCCCUCCGGCCAACGACCUCCCCGCCAACGAUGCUCCGGCGAACCAGGACACUCCCAGCGCUCCCCGAAUCCCGGGUGCUGCCGAGAACUGCAAGUCCUGGUACACCGUCAAGACCGGCGACCACUGCAGUAAUCUCUCGGUGACGUUCGAGACGCUGCGAAAGCUGAAUCCUUCCAUCGACUCCACCUGCUCCAACCUGUGGCGCGACUAUGCCUACUGCAUUGCCGCGUGAGGGAGGCGACGCUGGACGAUGCCUCCGAGGUUUUGAAGCAAUUCCGUCAUCAUUUACCGACAAAGGGAAGAAAGGGCACCAUCACAUUUGGGGAUGCCACAGAAUAUGACAUUAUUGUACAGCAACUUCAGGGCCGGGUGGUUUUGGGGUGGAUUUCUCGACUAUCUUUUACUUCUUUUAUACCCAAAACUUUCGGUGCGAACAGAUUUUGACGCCUUUCUUUUCUUUUCACUUCUUUCCGUCCACAUAUUCGGGUUUUGUGGAUGGCUACCUAGGGAAAAUCAAGGCCAUGGGCAUGUCAUGAUGCAUUCAUUCGUGCGUAUGAUGGCGGGUCUGGGCAUGCGGUUUGGGCCAAGAGGCGUGGCGCCUCAAUGCAAUCGUUUAUGAUCGUCCAAUUGUGUUUUGAAGUGGAGAUGACAUGUUUC